AUGCCUAGCUAUGAAGAAGCCCUCACCGCCUUUGCCGAAGCGCGGUCGCUGCUGGCCAGAGCAGAAGAUGCUAUGCAAAAUGCAGUUCAGGCAGAGCAGCAGAAGGUCGUGGAACUCAAGCGUGAGUUAGCGGAGGCCAGAGAGGCAUCGAGGAAAGCGGUGGCUGAUGCUGCUGCCGCGCGCGAUUCGCAAGAGAAGGCUGAAGGUCGUCUGGAGAAGCUCGAAGAGAAGCUCCAGGCAAAGCGAGAUGCUAUACAGGAACUACAAGAUGAGAAGGACAGCUUAGAAACCAAGCUCGAGAAAAAAAAGAAGGAAAACCGGGAUCUCAAAGAGGAAGUGGAGGAGCUUGAGAAGAAAUUGGAGAAGAAGGCAGGGGAUGAGAAGAAGAAGAGGCAAGAAAGCCCAUCCAGCGGGAGCGAAGACGAAAAAGCCAAGAAGACGCAGCUGAAGUUGAAGGCAUCCGCGUCCAGAAGCCGCAGUCGGGCAGGUAGCCCGGAAAGGGAACUUCAGAAGAGGAAAGAAAGAACGUCAAAGAGUCCAGGAGGCAAAAGCAGUGCGAGCUCCAAGGGUGGCCGAGAUAAAGCCCGAAAUAGGAGUCGAAGUCGGAGUGGCAGCAGGGAUCGCAGGCGCGACGACGAUCGCGACAGAGAUCGUCGUGGUAGGAGCCGCUCGAGAAGGUCAUCUAGCCGCCCCAGAAGCCGAAGCAGAGACUAUAGAGCCGGUGGUAAAGGUGAUGGCAAAGGUGACGGCACCCAGCUGUGCAUCCCCUAUGUCCAGGGGCGAUGCCGGCGUGGAGAUACUUGUCGAGAUAGACACCCUGCUGAUGAUUUGGAUGCGAUCUACGACACCCUCAAGCGCAAGCCUUGCAGAUAUGGCUCUGAUUGCAAGCGGCGCGACUGCGUUUUCAAGCAUCCUGAUGAUGGUCGCCGGCGUACUACUGACUAG